AUGGUAUAUCAAGUACACGAACACAAAUCUCAAGAUUAUCAUGCACAACCUCAAUCAGGAUUCACGGAUAACCACUUAGCAGUGGUUUCUGAUUUUGGACUAUCGAGAUUAGUGCCUAUUGACAAGACUCAUUUAACAACACUGAUAGGGGGUACAUAUGGUUACAUAGAUCCACAAUACUUCCGCUCAGGUCAACUUACAGAUAAAUGUGAUGUAUAUGCCUUUGGUGAAAUUCUUGCAGAGCUUCUAACAAGACAAAGAGUUGUCAUUUCAAACCUACCAGAAUAUCCAGGUUUGGUUUUCCGUUUCACAUUAUCAUUGAAAGAAAAUCGUAUUAUUGAGAUUGUAGACCCUGAAAUUGUAAAAAAAGUUGAGGAUGAACAUGUGAUUCUUGUUGUUGCCAAAAUUGCCAAGAGAUACUUAAAUUAUAAUGCUAGGAGAAGUCCAUCCAUGAAGGAGGUGGAAGCUUAA